AUGAACAACGUUAAAUCAGGUGGACGUCCAGUGGCAAUAGUUGCAGAGCGGUAUGUGGUUGAGAAGGAAAUCGGCCGCGGCUCGUUCGCAGUGGUCUACAAGGGACAUCUAGCCGACAGCUCGGCAGGGAAUGUGGCGAUCAAGGCGGUGUCGCGAUCAAAACUCCGAAACAAGAAGCUGUUGGAGAACCUGGAGAUCGAAAUCGCCAUUCUAAAAAAGAUCAAGCACCCGCAUAUCGUGGGUUUACUUGAAUGCGAGCGCACGGGCACGGACUUUUAUCUAAUGAUGGAAUACUGUGCGCUGGGUGACCUCACGUUCUUUAUUAAGAAGCGCCGUAGCCUGAUGGACAAGCACCCUUUGGUUCGGACUUUAUUUGAAAAAUACCCACCACCUAGCGAGCACCACAAUGGCUUAAAUCGGGUGUUAGUGGUGAACUAUCUACAGCAGUUAUCGUCUGCGUUGAAGUUUUUGCGGUCCAAGAACUUGGUGCAUAGAGAUAUCAAGCCCCAAAACCUUUUGCUGUCGACCCCACUUGUGGAUUACAAUGACCCCGCCGAAUUUCACGCUCGGGGGUUUGUGGGGAUCUAUAAUCUACCUAUACUAAAGAUUGCUGAUUUCGGUUUCGCUCGUUUUCUUCCCAACACAUCCCUUGCAGAAACAUUAUGUGGCUCUCCUCUAUACAUGGCGCCCGAAAUACUAAAUUACCAGAAGUAUAAUGCAAAGGCUGACUUAUGGUCCGUUGGCACGGUGCUAUACGAGAUGUGCUGCGGAAAGCCUCCAUUCAAGGCAUCUAACCACCUAGAGCUAUUUCAAAAGAUUAAGAAAGCUAAUGAUGUUAUACAGUUUCCUAAACACGCUGCAUUGGAGUCAGCCAUGGUUGAUUUGAUUUGUGGUUUGCUGACGUUUGAACCCGCUAAACGCAUGGGAUUUACGGAGUUUUUUUCAAAUGGACUAGUCAAUGAAGAUCUCUCCCCGUAUGAGGUAGAGUCCGAGCCUGACUUAGAAACCAAAUCUAAGAACGUGGCCGAGAGUAACAUGUUUAUUUCGGAAUACCUACCUACUGCAGAACGAAAUAAGCGGGCAUCUCCUAUCCGCUUAGGUGAUUCCUGUACUUUGCGGGGUCCCUGUGAAUCACCACAAGGGGCCGAUCCUUACCCCCAGGAUAACACGCAGUCUGAUCAGCACGAGCAUUUACACGCAGACUAUUCUUUCCAGGUAGAAAUGGGCCAAGAUGGACAGCAAGCGGAUGGAGAAGAGAAAAGAAAACUUUAUAAUAACCAGGAAGAGAGAAGCAAUGAAGAACGACAGUUUGGUCAGGUAUCUAACGGCCGGAACCAGGAAGACCAGUUACUUCUACAUCAAGGACGGGGACAGAUACCGUGCGAGCAGAAUAGACAAGCCUUACAGUCGCACUCCCACGUCGCAGCUAAGCAAAUACCCGAUAAAGACUCGAAAUCCUCAGUAUCAUGUCAGAAGCAUGCAGCCUCGGCACCAACUAAAAACGAUCACCGUACGACAAGGUUAAAAGAGAAGACAAAAUGUUCUUAUUCCGACUUAUUACUGGAGAAAGAAUACGUUGUCGUAGAGAAAAAAAGUGUCGAGGUAAACGCCCUAGCAGACGAAUUUGCCCAAGCGGGCUCGGGCGCUCCAGCAAUUAGGCUGCCCGAUCAGCAUCACAAUGACGCCUCUCAAGCCCUGCAAAUGGCUCGGCAUUCUUCAACUUCAGUUUCUGCCGCAAAUACCGCUAAACAGACGUUAUUGCGCCGUAAUUCGAGGACUUUAUCGUCAAGUGGUGCUUCUACAUCACGGCGCCCGUCAUUAGUUGAUCGUAGAUUAUCAAUAACAUCAUUAGGUGCUACAAAUGCAUUAUCCAAGGCCUUGGGUAUGGCCUCUUUAAGACUUUUCGGAAACAGUCAUCAACAGUCCAGUAAUGGCUCGUCAACGUUCAAACAGAAUCCCAAUGUUACCUCUUUACUGAGUCCGCAAACAUUCCAGGAUAUGACGGAAAACGCCGUUCUUAGCGCUGAUCACCAGUGGGAUAAUUCUAGGCAGGCAGAUGUUCUCCAUGAUGAUUCAAUAAUGAAGGCGCUGGAGAACUUAACCGCUAAAGUUUAUGCCAUUUAUUCUUUUGCUGAGGUUAAAUUUUCCCAGAUUAUUCCGCUUCCCCCAAGUUCCACUCAAGACCCCUACACUCACAAACGGAUGAGCAAUGGGAGCUGUGCCAUCGAUGAUGAGGAAGAUGAUAUUGAACACAGCCCAGGAGCUGAAACUUAUCGAAAGAAUUCCUCUGGAGCUAAUGCCAAUACUGGAAAUUACAAUUUCUCCUUAGAUACUAUACAUGAAAUGAACCUGAAUGACCUACCACCAAACGAUCUAUACAUUUUGUGCACCGAAGCAAUUGUACUCUAUAUGAAGAGUCUCUCUCUAUUGGCCUACGCUAUGCAUUUAACUUCGAAAUGGUGGCAUGAAUCAGCCGAUAAGAUCUGUCCUCUCAAGUUAAAUCUUUUAGUGCAAUGGAUUAGGGAGAGAUUUAAUGAGUGCUUGGAGAAAGCUGAAUUUUUGCGUAUGAAGACCCAAUCGAUUCAGUUACACAAUGGUAAUCAGCUUUCAGCUAGUACCAUGGUUUCAGAGCCAGUAUUUGUGGAAAAGUUGAUCUAUGAUCGGGCUUUAGACAUAUCUAAGACGGCUGCAAAGAUGGAAAUGCAGGGUGAGUAUUUAGAAGGAUGCGAAGUUGCAUAUUCUACAUCCCUGUGGAUGCUUGAAGCAUUACUCGACGAUGUUAGUGAUGAAGAUAACUACAAUGAUGAUAAUUUAGGUCACACUGGCGUUUUGGACAAGUCGGAUAAAGAAGUGAUUAAGAGAUACAUUGACAGCAUAGCUAACCGGUUAAAAGCGUUAAGGCGAAAACUUAGUCGCUAG